CUUCGAGUAAGGCGGAGCUGAGGCUACGGUUCCUUGCCGUCGCCACCGCCUCUCUGCGUCCCUCUCACAGGCGCUUAAGGGACUGGGGAGGGGAGUGGGGGGGCCGGGCCGGGUUCUCCGUCUGAGGGGACGGCGAGGGAGCGCAGCUGGCGGCCGUCGCAGCAGCAAGCAACAGCCUCGGGAGGCGUGAGCACAAGCGCCACAAAGGAGCGGCCGGCGGUGGAGUCUGCGCUGCCCGAGGAGUCGCCAUGAGCUGGGGCACGGAGCUGUGGGAUCAGUUUGAUAAUUUAGACAAGCACACACAGUGGGGCAUCGACUUCUUGGAAAAAUAUGCAAAAUUUGUCAAAGAAAGGAUAGAAAUUGAACAGAAUUAUGCAAAGCAACUGAGAAAUCUGGUGAAGAAGUACUGUCUUAAACGUUCAUCCAAAGAUGAAGAGCCCAGGUUUACCUCAUGUGUAGCCUUUUAUAAUAUCCUUAAUGAAUUAAAUGACUACGCAGGACAGCGAGAAGUAGUAGCAGAAGAACUGGGAUAUAGGGUAUAUGGAGAACUGCUGAGAUAUUCCCAGGAACUCAAGACUGAAAGGAAAAUGCACCUUCAAGAAGGUCGAAAAGCUCAACAGUAUCUCGAUAUGUGUUGGAAGCAGAUGGAUAAUAGCAAAAAGAAAUUUGAGAGGGAGUGCAAAGAAGCAGAGAAGGCUCAGCAGUGCUACGAGAGACUGGACAAUGAUACCAAUGCGACUAAAGCGGAUGUUGAGAAAGCCAAGCAGCAGUUAAACCUGCGUACACACAUGGCUGAUGAAAACAAAAAUGAAUAUGCUGCCCAGCUGCAAAAUUACAAUGGUGAACAGCACAAGCAUUUCUAUAUUGUCAUUCCUCAGAUUUACAAGCAUCUUCAAGAAAUGGAUGAACGACGAACCAUCAAACUCAGUGAAUGUUAUAAAGGGUUUGCUGAUUCUGAGCGCAAAGUUAUUCCGAUCAUCUCAAAAUGUUUAGAUGGAAUGAUUUCUGCAGCAAAAUCAGUUGAUGAGCGCAGGGACUCUCAAAUCGUAAUAGACUCCUUCAAGUCUGGUUUUGAACCUCCUGGAGACUUUCCCUUUGAAGAUUACAGUCAGCACAUUUACAGGACUGUUUCUGAUGGGACAAUCAGUACACCAAAGCAGGAAGGGAUGAAAAUUGAUGCAAAAACCACUGUGGGCAAAGCAAAGGGCAAACUGUGGCUUUUUGGAAAGAAACCAAAGCCACAGUCCCCACCCCUUACCCCUACUAGUUUAUACACGUCCAGUACUUCUAAUGGUUCCCAGUAUCCCAUAUUCUCCAUUGAACAAGUGCAUUAUUGCAUGAGUGAAAUAAAAACAGGGAAGCCCAGAAUUUCUUCUUUCAGGAGCCUCAAAAGAGGGGGUCCUGCUCAGGAAGAUUUUAGCCACCUGCCCCCAGAACAGAGGCGAAAGAAGUUGCAGCAGCGGAUUGAUGAACUAAACAGAGAACUACAGAAAGAGACAGAUCAAAAAGACGCACUCAUUAAAAUGAAAGAUGUAUAUGAGAAAAAUCCGCAAAUGGGAGAUCCAAGCAGUCUUCAGCCAAAAUUGGCAGAGACUAUGAGCAACAUGGACCGUCUCCGGAUGGAAAUACACAAGAAUGAGGCUUGGCUUUCUGAAGUUGAAGGCAAAGUAGCAGCAAGAGGAGACCGAAGACACAGUAGCGACAUCAACCAUCUUGUAACUCAAGGAAGAGAGAGCCCUGAGGGGAGCUAUACCGAUGAUGCAAACCAAGAAGUUCGGAGCCCACCACAGCAGCACAGCCACCAUAAUGAAUUUGAUGAUGAGUUUGAAGACGAUGAUCCCUUACCAGCAAUUGGACACUGCAAAGCUAUCUAUCCAUUUGAUGGUCACAAUGAAGGUACCCUGGCAAUGAAAGAAGGCGAGGUCCUAUACAUUAUAGAGGAGGACAAAGGAGAUGGCUGGACAAGAGCUCGGAGGCAGAAUGGAGAAGAAGGAUAUGUGCCAACUUCCUACAUAGAUGUAACUCUAGAGAAAAACAGUAAAGGUUCCUGAAGCGGGUUUCUGAGAAAAUGGGCGAGAUGUUGAAGGAGGUUACAUGCAGCUGCUGUUGGGGGAGGGUGUUAGGCCCAGCAAGAUUGGGGGGGGGGGAGCCAGUUGCAUGAAGGCAUGCAGGCAUACAUUUCCAUUAACAAUGUUAGCAUUGCUGUGUAUGUUCAGCGUUUCUGUGGCAAACUAAAGCUCCAUUCCAGCAGAACCAAAACCAUCCAGAUCUGAAAUCGCAUCCUCUUCGUAGUCCUAAGUUCUGAACAGUUUUACUUGCAGUUCGCCAGUUGCAUUGCAUAUUGGCUGUUUCAGCACUCUCAUUGUCCAUACCCAUAUUAACUGGCAUUCCGGUAGAAUCGUGCCAUUUACCAGUCAGUCUCUGCCUGUGCCACCUCCAUGCUCGCCCUAACCUUCUCCUGCAUGUCUAGGUAUGUCUCAGGCAUGCCUGCCUAAUGUUUUAUAUUUCCAUAGCUCUUCCUCCUCUUCUGCAUUUGUAGCAAGACCACUUUUACAUGUUAUCUUCGGCACUAAAUUUUUUAAUUCCAGUAGCCAUGUAUGCUGCUAUAACUUUUUUUUGCCCGUUCAUUGUGACCGUCGUGACAUUCCAGUUAUUUUUGCAUUUUAACUGAUGUGAACGUAACAUCCAUUUUGAUUUGGGGAAAGGAACACACAUCUCAGUGCUAGGCAACUGCAGCCCAGCUUCAGCACCUCACCUUUUCCUGAGCACUGAAAACCUGGGAUAGAACAGCACAGAUUUUCCACCACAAGACAAAAACGACUGUUUUCCGAAGUCAAGUGCUUGCCAAUCAGAUGCUGCCUUAAACUCUCGAGUGCCUAAAUCGGUUGAUUUGCCAACGCUUUACCACUUCAGUAUCCCGCAAAGGGCUUUGGGUCUCAGCUCCGUAUGACCUCUUCUGUCUUUCUACAGUGCUGCAGCUGCUGAGGUAGCCACGGUAGAUGUUUUCUUGAGCUCUGCCGUAACACGAUACAUGGUGCAUUGUAAACUUUAUGAAUUGAAGACUAAAUACAUGUAUCUGUUUCAUUUGCCGUCUAAUGAAUGUUUUUUUUAACAGGAUUUUUUAAAUUGAGCCUUCUUUUCCCCCUUGAUUGUCUUUUACUUUUUAGGAUGGGGGCGGGAGAGGGAGGGAAGACUCCAGUUUCUAAUUAACUGCAGUGCUAGUCUGUUUCCAAGUGAUGCUUCAUUGUAAGGACCAGUUGAAAAUUGGAGUGAUACUUUGUAAUGAUCUAUGUGCACUUUUACUUGUAAACAUUGAGAUUUGGAAAUGUUUAUACAUGUAAAUAUAGUUGUCUGCAGCACCCCGAUUGCUCACGUUGUUUUGUCUACCAUUUGUGAGUUCUGUUUAAUGAGAUCACUCUUCAUCUAACUAAAUAAGGUAAUCUUAGGACAUGGGAAGUUGGGGGAGGGGGGAAGCCAGUGAAACCCUCAUAAAACCAGCUUUUUGCUGUUUGUGGUAAUGUUUAAAAAAGUUAGCUUUUCUAUGCGGGGGGAGGAGGGAUGAAGCAAUAUUUGGACACAGUGCUGGAUUCCUUUAGGACUCUUUCAGUGUUAUUAGCAGUUGUACUACCAGUAAACUAAAUCUGUGUGGAUAUUGUGUGGAAGUUUUUCUUCCUUUUUAUUAUUGUGUGCCAUUAUUACACAGAUGACACAGUGUGUUGACAUUGGGGCAGUUAAACUCUAAAGGUUAGGUUUCUGGAUACUGUAAACAGGGUUAUUUAUAUAAAUGUGACCUUACUCAGUACUGACAAAACUACAUGGUAUAGCUUUUUGUUUUUGUAAAGGACCACCUAGGUGCUUUUUUGUUUCAGAGCUGAUGAGAAAACGUUCUCAAUGUGAUUUUCGGUCAGGAGCUGUGUGGCUUUUACCUAAGAAACCUCACAGGCUUCUGUUACACUUCUUGUAAUGAACUAACCGUUCUUUCAUGCUACUGUUUUUCCCCCCUAGGACCAGGAUUUUUUUCCCUCAGGAGAUUUUCUUUCUGUGGUAUAAUACAACCUUAUGUCGGUUAGUAAAUAUAAGGGGAGGGAAAAACUCUUUGUACUUGCACAAUUAGCUAAAAUUAUUCUGAGAUUUUGAACAUGAUGUCUUAAAACUUUCCAGUAAUUUUUAAUCUUUUGUGCACGUGUUGAUUUUUAAAUGUUUAAAUGCUUUGUUAAAAA